AGAAUGACUGGCAAGCGCUAGGCCGGCGCAGCUUCUAAAUAAGCAGGAAACCGAGCAUAAGGGCUGACACUUGACGUUGCAUAAGAUACACGCCAGCGCUGCGUUCAAUUUGCCGGUCUGCGGUCAAACUACAUAUCAUUAAAAGGUUAUAGGGCCAAUAACAGGGGCGCGCUUCAAGCGCCGAGCAUUUUUGGUUGAUUGGACGCCGAUACACCUAUCCGGCCUUCAAUUGGUCGCAUCGAACUUGGGAUAGCACGUUGGAAUGUCGGGCAGCCAGGGCUCUCGCGGAGUCACGCUGCUGGCUCGUUUCGCGGCGAGCGGUGUUGCAUCGGCCACCGUGCGCGCGACAGAAUCGGGUCUGCUGGGCUCUGGAGGCCUGCUAUCGUCGACGGCGUCUCAGGGCAGCCAGGGCGCCCGAAGCCUACGAGCGCUUUUCCGUGAUGCAGCGCACGCAGCGUGCGGCCGCCAACUGUCGACUGCAGCGGCGGCCAGCGCGGCCGGUGCCGGCUCCGGCGCGGGGAAGCGCUGCAGCGGGAUGAUUUUGAGCACAGGCAUCUUGUCCCGUUGCUUGGCAACUACUGCGGAGGCCGGCUCCUCUGCCGCUACUGCUUCUGGGCGAGGCCUGCUUGCGGGCACCCGUGCGGGCGCCUCCUCUGCCGGCGCCGGCACCUCCUCCCGCUGCUCCCUGCCGUCGCGGCUGCUGCUGCUGCCCUCCCGCCUCAAGUCCACUGCGGCUGCUGUGGCUGAGGAGGCCGCCGCGGCUGCCUCCUCCUCCGCUGCCGCCUCCGCCGCCUCCGCUGCCUCCGCCUACGGCGGCGCGGCGCUGAGCGCGGGCCUGAGUGACGGCGCCCGCCGCGCGCUGGCGGCUUGGCUGGGCGUGUGUGCGGGCUGGGUGUACAGCAUGGUGGUGCUGGGCGGCAUCACGCGCCUCACCCGCUCCGGCCUGUCCAUGACCGAGUGGAAACUGACGGGCGAGCGGCCGCCUGUGACGCAGUCGGACUGGGAGGCGGAGUUCACCAAGUACAAGGCCAGCCCAGAGUACAAGAAGAUCCACCGCAGCAUGACACUCGAGGAGUUCAAGUUCAUCUACUGGAUGGAGUACGCGCACCGCAUGUGGGGUCGCUUCCUGGGUCUGGCGUUUGCGCUGCCCGCCGCCUACUUCGCGGCGCGGCGCUGGAUCAACGGCCCCCUGGCUCGGCGCCUGGGGCUGCUAUUCUUCAUGGGGGGGACUCAGGGCUUUGUGGGGUGGUGGAUGGUGCGGAGUGGCCUGGAGGAGCCGGAGCAUGAGUGGGCCCAGCCGCGCGUGUCGCCCUACCGCCUGGCCGCCCACCUGGUGUCCGCCUUCGCCAUCUACGCCACCCUCACCUGGACCACCCUGGACCUGAUGUACCCGCGCCCCGCCACCGCCGGCGCGCCCGAGUCCCUGCUGCGCUCCACCGCCGGCGCGCGCGGCCGCCUGCUGCCGCUGGCCGCACUCAUCGCCGUCACAGCCACCAGCGGCGCCUUCGUGGCGGGCAUGGACGCGGGCCACGCCUACAACACCUGGCCUCUCAUGUCUGGCCAGCUGGUGCCGCUGCAGGACUACUGCGACUGGGAGCGACUGGGGCUCAGCCCGCUGCGCAACCUGUUCGAGAACACAGCCGCGGUGCAGUUCAACCACAGGACUCUGGCAACGGUGACCCUGGUGUCGGUGCUGGCGGCCUGGGCCACCUACAAGAGGCCUGGGCUGCUGCCGCCGCGCGCCACCGCCUGCCUACACGCCGUGGCAGCAGUCACCGCAGCACAGUUCGCUCUGGGCGUGUGGACGCUGCUGGCGUACGUGCCGGUGCCGCUGGGCAGCGCACACCAGGCCAACGCGCUGAACCUGUUCACGGCGGCGCUGGCGCUGCUGCACGCCUGCCGCCCGCCCACGCCCGGCGGCCUGCUGGGCGCGGGGCUGGCGCCGCUGGUCACGCCGGCGGCGGUGGCGGCGGUGGGCGCGGUGGGCUACGCCGUCGUCACCUCCAACGGGGCUGUGACCGCGAGCGAGCGCUACACGGGGCCCAGCAACGCACGUCCCGCGGCGGCGGCGGAGUAAUGCAGGCGCGGUAUCGGGGGUGCCACAGUUACAGGGCGUGCGCGAAGUGUAUAGCAGAAAGGCGGAGCGGGUGGGCGGCUUCGGGGCCUGUAGUGCUUCGGUAUGCCGCCGUGUUGCGGCGCGGCGUAGGGUGGGUGCGCCAUCUCCCGACUGGAUGUUCCAGGCCAGGAUUUGCCGUGGAUGCGUGCCAUCUCCACAGACUGCUACUGAUGCAGAUGCAGUCGGGGCGUUAGUAUGCAUAACAGCUUGAUGCUGGCAACGUAGAUGGUGGCCUGUGAGGACUGUAAGAAAGAACGUGCCUCAGGGGCUACGUGCCCGCACAGGGGGUUGCAGGGCCUCCGGAUUUCUUAGAAGGAUGAGUUGUAAGUUCGCCGCGCCCAGGCCCGGCCGCUGAUGUAUUGUUGCUCAGGCAAUGCCGCUUUCGCUCUGACCUAGUGUACGUGGCCUUUCGUUCGUUGGUAUCAAGCAC